AUGAAAACCAUCCUCACAGCCCUUCUCCUCACUGUAUCCAGCCUCGCCGCUGCUCAAUCCGUCUGUCCUGAUGGUACUAGCCCUCAGUGCUGUGUGGAUGAUUACUUAGACGGCGGUGUUUCUUACUGCACUGAUCCCAGCCGAGCACCGACCAGUACUCCUGAUCUCACGGACCUUUGCUUUGAGCAAUUGAAGGCCGCUAAGUGCUGUGCUACUUCGACAUUGGGCCAGGACCUGAAACCUACGUGUAGUGGUGCCUUCUGA